GAUUUUGAAACCAAUGGAACAAAAUUUGGUCGUUUAAUAACUUCCGAUGGUCGAACCCGUUUAGAAAUUGACAAAUGGGCUCACUUACCAAGUGCAAUCCCAGAAUUCGUAAUUAAAUCAUUUUACGCUCAGGUUAAUUAUUUUUUUUUAUACGGAUAUAUGGAUCAGAAAAUAAUGCUAGCGAACGUAACAUGGACAAAUGAAGUUAAUGUAGAUUCAUUAGGUACAACUUCCUUUGUAGGUGAUUGUUCUACACAAUUUAUUGAUGUUACUGCAAUCAAUAGAUGUGUAGGUUUUAUGAAAUUGGGACGUAAAACAUAUAUUAUUGAUAAGGAAUGUAUGGAAGAAUAG